ACACGUGCACUAGUUAUCGUUUCUCGAUAACCACAAAAUGUAAACAAACAGCUAAUAUCUGUCUAUAAGCGCAUUAUGUCUUCCACAAAAAAUGGCAACAAAAAAGCAAUCGAAACCGAUUCAGAUGAGGAGGACGAAGCACAAAUGCGUUUGUUUUUACAGGCUGCCGAUCACACGCUGCUCACUAAUGAUAUGUAUAAGACACAAUUAGCUACAACUACGACGAGUUCCGUUGAAGCGCCGUCAGUUGCCUUACCCACACCAGAUUUGCCUAAAAGUGAGCGCUACCUGGCAGAUCAAGAUGCAGCACCUGCUAGUGAUCUGCAAAUCAGUAAAGAAAUGCAAACACAUCUAUGGGGCAAACUAAGCGCGAUUAUACAAAAUCAAAUUGAAUACUGUGUGAGUGAGCAGCCUGUAAACAGAUCACAGGAAAAGGAGAAAGGCUGGGUUAGCCAAGUCAGAUUGGUGGCUAAUGCCGAUUGCUAUGUCGUUGACGACAUAGAGCUGACAGCGAGCCCACAGAAGAAGCCCAAUAUAAGGAGACGACUGUUGGAAGGCGACGAGAACCAAGCGAUUACAGCUGCUGCUCUGGCUUCCGUUGUCGUCGAUGGCGACUCAAUACUCAGCGGGCGGGAUAUGGAAAGCUGGUUACCGCGCAAGCCACGCAAAGAUAAACUUUUUGAAUACAGAGCCAGUGAUGCACUGGGCCACAAGCUGCACGCUAUUGAACCCACGAAUGAGUUCACCAAACAGCGGCGCAAGAACAACUGGAAUGAGAAAACCAGAAACUACUUUAGAGCACAUUCUGCUGCUAUUCUCCAAUGAAACAGGAAUGGAACC